UCUGUUUCAAGCUCUCUGUUUCUCAGAUCUUUUCUCUGUUUUGUUUUUUGUUUUAUUUUACAUUAAUUAAAAAGAAAGAGUUUUUUCCAACAGUUAUGGUGAGGAUAUUUCUUCUCUACAAUAUACUAAACUCUUUCCUUCUCUCUUUAGUACCAAAGAAGCUACGAAGUCUCUUCCCUCUCUCUUGGUUCGACAAAACUCUCCACAUGAACUCACCACCGUCUCCGCCAACCAUGUUACCCUCUCCUUCGUCUUCUCCUUUGCCGACGAAAAAGAUAGAUCCGUCAGAGCUCAAACGUGUUUUCCAGAUGUUCGACAAGAACGGCGACGGUCGAAUCACAAAGGAAGAGCUCAACGACUCACUAGAGAAUCUAGGUAUCUACAUACCAGACCAAGAUCUUACUCAAAUGAUCCACAAGAUUGACGCCAACGGUGAUGGAUGCGUCGACAUAGACGAGUUCGAGUCGCUCUACGGCUCGAUUGUGGAUGAGCAUCACAAUGAUGGAGGUACAGAGGAAGAGGAUAUGAAAGACGCGUUUAACGUGUUUGACCAAGACGGAGAUGGGUUUAUCACUGUGGAGGAGCUGAAAUCUGUGAUGGCUUCCUUAGGUCUCAAGCAAGGGAAAACCCUUGAUGGCUGUAAGAAGAUGAUUAUGCAAGUUGAUGCAGAUGGUGAUGGUAGAGUCAAUUACAAGGAGUUUCUUCAGAUGAUGAAAGGUGGUGGCUUUAGCAGCAGCAGUAAUUGAUCUUUAAUUAGUCGAUUUGACACAAGAUAAAGAGUGUUUAUUAUUCGAUUGAUUGGUUUGUUUUCUUGUUUUUCCUCUGUAAAUACUUUUCUGAUAACGAAUCAAAACAUCGUAAUCUACCAAGGUGUGUAUCUUUGUUAUUUUAGGGUUUCUCUGUGCUUUUGUAAGAUUCACCUUCUCAUCU